GUGAAUUACGAGUUCAUGGACACGGACAGGGCCACCAUGAUGCUUGACGAUGUCGGAUAAUAUCAUAGUGGACUGGUUAAAAUCCGUUAGGUUGGAAUUAUACACACAGGCGUUUUUAGAUAAUGGUUACGAUGAGUUAGAAGUGUGUAAACAGAUUGGUGAAGCCGAUCUUGAUGCUAUUGGGGUUCACAACGGGGUUCACAGAGAAAUUUUACUUCAGGCUGUCACUAGACUCCGGGAGGAGGGUGGCACGUCAGUUUACUUUACAUUAGAAAACACAGAUGUACCUCGAAAGUGUGUGAAGAAUGGCACGGAACAAAGUAAAAGUGUUAAAUUGGGGACGAGAAGUGCGUCCUCCCGCAGAGGUCUCCCAAAGGCAGGCGAUGACAUCCCCUACAAAACACUGGAACAGCUGAGGAAGUGUAUUGGAGACAAAUUGGUCAAGGAUGGCAUUGACCUCGCAUGCCCUCCCUACAUCAAACCGGACAACUCGGCUUGUCAUAGCAGUCUAGCUGCCUUAGCGGUCAAGUACACUGACCAGCUGAAAGGCUCAAGCCUCCAGGAUGUGUAUCGAUGUCUGGAGGAACUGUCAUUGUGGCGAAUCAAUGGUCCUCACAACUAUUAUUCAACAGCCAUGCCACCUGGUCAAGCAGCAGCCAUGGUAACUUCACUGUAUGCCAGUUCCAGUCCGGCUCCAUCUCAUCCCACUUCCCUCACUGGCCAUUCUCCCUAUGCUAGAACUGGUCAUACUCAGUAUUCUUGUCAAGCAGGGCAUUCACCUUACUCUAGUUCAAUUCAAACUGGACAGUCUACAUACGCUGGUUCUAGUCAGGUUAGCCAUUCACCAUAUGCUAGCUCAGGCCAGGUGUGUCAGUCACCCCUCGCUAGCUCCAACCAGACUCCUGUGCACGCAACUGCCUACCCUGUGUAUGCCAGCUCAGGGCCGAAUCCACCCUGUACUGCAUCCAAACCUGUUUAUGGAAGUCCAGGCACACAACCACCACCCAUUCCCUCCUCACUCCCGCCUGCAACCAGCCAUGUGGAGAAGAACAUUGACCUGCACAGUGUACACACAAGAUACAUCUAUGAUAACACAGGCUUCCAGACUGACCACAGCAAUGAAGAUUUAGAAGGCAAAGAUGACGAUAAAAAGAAGUCUUCCACUUUGGGUCGAUUCUUCCGGAAUAUUGGGUUGCGACGAUCUGGAAAGAAGCACUCGUACAAACCACAUAAAGGGGACCCAAAUGCUUAUGACAUCACUAUGGACGAUGACGACCGAAUGGCACUAAUGUUGAUGGUCAAAGAGGGCAAGAUUACCACUGAACAUGCCCUUCAAGUGGUCAGUGGAAAUUGGCCAGAAGGCACCAUUGUGAAAAAAUAUGAGGAAGAAAGACGGAAAGAUAUUGAACAGAGAGAGAAGGCUUCAAAAAGGAAGAAGAAACUACCUAAACCAGUCAAGUCACCAUCAGCUACUUAUACAGGGUCAGUUCCACGUUGUGAUAUCUGUUCUGGUUACAAAGGAUCUCCACAUGACCUUGGUUACCCGAUGGGCAAUGUUUGUGUGGACCCUACUCAUCAGAUGGAAUACAGUCAACACCGACGUGUACACAGUGUUGGUCACAUUGACCAUGCCUACUCUUCCCGUUCCCCAGAGGGCACACGCUCACUAAACUGUACACCUACCCACUGUGCCAUGAGUCGGUCAUCAGCAGUCAGUACCCCUGUCAGUUUUUAUUCGCCGGGCCACCAUCCUAGACUGUACUCUCCAGUAUUCCCACAAGAUCCGCGCCUCGCACACUACCAAUGUCGUGCAUGUAGUCACCCCCAUGGCUCCAUGUCCUCUGGUGGUGUUGCUGGUCGCUGCCAUACAGCCCUUGGUGUGCGCGUCAGUGAAUCAUCACCUGGGGUGAAUUUGACGCGGGACGACCUAUCACCAGGUGGGGAGGCCAGUCGGUCAGGGUCAUGUGUUGACCAUUCCCCAUCCACUACCUCCUUUGAUCUAGUGUCAUCUGAGUCUGAACAUUCAAUUGACUGUCAGUCACAUGGUCAUCCCUCUCACAACCGCAUGGCCAAUCAAAAGGAGAGUGGCCACUACCUCAGCAAUACUGGUGCAAUAUCUCCCGGAGACAGGAACAAGUCACCCCAGGGAGUCUGGCAGAGAAAUGUGGCUCACCGGGAUACAAAUAGUCGUAAUAAUGUCAAGGAAAACUUAGUGAUAGGAGCCUCCCCAAAGUCUGCCAGCUCUGACAGUAACCAUAGUGCUGAUUCCAGUGGACUGUGUAGCUACCGAAGUAGCAGCCCUAAUGCAGGUCAGACCAUGGUGUCAGGGGAGGAAGUUUCAGGGUGUGGUCAAGUAUCAUACGUCCAGGCACAUUCUCAUUUUGUGCCCACCUCCAAUAGUAGAGAUGCCCUCACAUUACAGAAGGGGGAUGUCAUCCGUGUCCUUUACAAGCCUCCAGGGGAUCUAUGGAGAGGCGUUCUUAAGGGAAAGACUGGCUGGUUCAGAGUAUCAUGUGUGGAACCCCUGUACACUGGAGAAACCACUCUUGAGCCAUGGCUGGACAGGCGUCCUAACAAACCCAAAACUGUACAGGAGGUGCUUCAGGUCAUAGGAUUGGAGAGUCUGGAGGCAGUGUUUAUCCAGAACGGCUUUGAUGAAUUGGAUUGUUUUGCUGAUAUUGAAGAAGAGGAUCUUGAUGCCUUGGGUAUAUUUGACCCACUGAUCAGGACCAAACUGCUUAGUACAGCUGACCUCAUCAAAAACACACAAGAUACACCAACGUUGCAGUGGAAGGUCCACCAGGGACGAGCAGGACCUCCUGUUGUCUUCCUGAACAAAGAGUACCGACAUGGCACAUCUUACCCUCCAAGUCAGGACUCGGGUUGCUACGCAAGUUUUGAACAUCUAGCUCAUCGGGAUGCAUACCCAACCACAAGUGAAUUGAAGCAGCAGUAUUGUUUACAUUCCAACAAGGAGAACAUUUCCCCUGGAGUGCGGGCUGGAGCCCAAGGCCUGGGAAUGUCCCGGCUCCAACGGGGACACUCGGGCCUGAGUAGUUCAGAGACUUGUGAGGACAUGGACAAGAGUGAUAAGGAGUAUACUGCUGAGGAUCGUGAGGUCAGUGAGAUAACCAAUAGUGUGGAUUGUCCGCCCUCAACCAAUGACCUGUCCAGACAGUCUGGUGAUAUGGUCAUCAUGUGUAACUAUGCUGGAACGCAAACUACUCCUACCUAUGGGAGAUCCAACUGUGAUAAUUUAGCUAAUAACCUUUCCUCACCCAAAGCUCACAUACGCCAAAGUAGCAGCACCAGUGGUGACUUUGUGUCUUCUAGUCAAUCACAACAAGGGAGUGUGUGUUCCCCAUUACAUAGUGUACAACCGUUUCCACGUAAGUGUGUUCCCAGACAGGACUGGAAUUUUCGAGAUGUUCAGGUCCAAGUUAUGUGUCCUCUAGGAAGUCUGAAUCUAAACGCUGAUGGUGAACAGAAUGGUGAGGGGCUGCCUCCUCCCCAUCACGUAACACCUUCUCAUUCACACCCGUCACACCCUCCCACCUCUCUAGUGCUAAGUAAUCCUCAGGGGCGCAAACCCCAUGAGACAGGUAAUGGAGUGUACCGCAGUGUGUCUCGUCCAGAUGACGGAGGGUACCGAAGUGUAGGUCAGUUGUCACGACGAUCCAUGUCUGCAGACAGAGCCAAUGUCAAGGCAACCAAACAAGAAGACCCGCCAGAAUACAGAACUGUGAUGCGCUCUCUACUCAGUCUUAUAACAUCAAAGCUCCUGUCUGAAAAUAUAGAUCUUGCCUUAGAACCAUACUCCACACAGACAGGUGAGUGUGGGAUUCCUCCACUCUUAGUCCAGCGGUACGCAGAUGAGCUGAGACAGGACCUAGUCAGUGUGGCACUGGUGGUAGACCAAAUCCGUGUCCAACAGCUGUGUAGCAGACACAGACCAGCGGUGCUGUCACGUGAUUUGCCUGACUCUGCAGCAAAAGCAUGUGAGAUAAAGAUUUCUUCGAUUCCGGAGUUCUUUACAUCUAUAGGUCUUCCUAUGUACACCAAUAUGUUCUUGGAGGAAAAACUCACUGCUAUGGAGGACUUACUUCAGCUCAAUUUCGAGGAUAUUCGUGAUAUCACUCGCACACACGCAAAGCAUGUCAAACGAAUCUCACAUGCACUUGAUUGGGUACGUACUCGUAUUUCAACACUGAGGAAGACAAGUAACAUGGAUGCAGCAGUGAUGGAUCGAGUGUAGAGUAAUAUCCUUAACCUAAGUGUGUUCUCUGAUAAUAAACAUUAGUGUUCAUGUAAAGAUUUAUGUCUAUUCAUCCAAGGAUAAACAUCCACUGUCAUAUAUUGAUUUAUAUCAGUUCAUCUCAACAUAUACUGAAUAACGUCAGGUCAUACAAGGAUAAGUAUUUAUGUUCAUAUAAGUAUUAACGUCUGUUCAAAUGAGGAUAAACAUUUGUGUUCAUAUAAAUAUAAAAAUCUCUGAAUAUGAAGGUAAAGGUUUAUGUUCAUAUUACAGUGUAGUUUAAAUGUCAGUUCAUAUGAGGAUAAAUGUUUGUGUUCAUGUAAGAAUUUACCCUUGGUCAUAUGAAGAUAAGUGUUCAUAAAAGAAUUUGUAAGAAUUGACAUGUGUUCAAGUGAGGAAAGACAAAUGUUGGUGGUGUACCAUUGUGGUAAUUGCUGGUUUGAUUUGUGCUACAGACAGAAGUCAUAUGUUAAGAGAUCUCCUAACAAUAAUACAGUAUUCCUGGUGUUUUACGAUUGGCAUUUUAAAAAUUUUACAAUUAGCAUCUGUGGACCUUUGUAGUCAAUUUUUCUGGGUUAAAACGUUUUAAUGAAGAAAUAUUUCAUCAGUGUCUGCUUUACACAUUAUCCACUAUGUCAACUGUGGUAGGUUUACACAGUGUGACAUCAUAUAUAGUAGCUAGAUUUUAUCAUGUCUGUUUGGGUUAGCAUUCAGGACCUGGGAAUUCAGGAAUUUCAUUUCACACAAAAAAGAUUCAAUGUAUUGUAUUCUAAAUUUUGUUUGAACAUGAGGAAAAUUUGGUAACUACCUUAAAAUAAAAUCUUGAUUUCAGGAAAAAACGUCACCAUCACCCUUUUGGCUAUAUUUUGAGGGCAGAUAUGAUGAAAACUAAAAGAUAUAAUACAUAGAAUUAGUCUAAAUAUAGAUGUGAUCAGUUCAUCAUCACUUUAACAGAAAUCCCACUCCAUAUCGUUAUUCUAGUAGCCUCAUGUCUGAAGUUCUACUAGCUUCAUAAGUUUUUAGAUAGCAAUUCAAAGUCAUAGAUCUGCCUUGGACAAAUUGAAAUGUGUGCAUGGUUAUUUGGAGGUCAAGGUUGUUGUAGUAAUUUACUAUAACACUUCUAGUCAUCAGUUGAGCUAAGUUAUUUUGACAGGAUUUUAUGCGGCCUUUUAUGUUUACUUUGUACAUAUUUUUACGAAGUCUGAGUAUGAUCAUUAUCAAUCCGAGAUGAAUGUACCAUUGCUGGGAAAAAAAUUCUCAAAUACAUGUUUUUAUAGAAAAAAAAGGAUUAGCUCCAUCAGAAAUGUAAGACAGGUCAGUGGUGUUGAAUGCCCUCUGCUAGGUAGUACACAGUAAUAUUCUACAAAGUGUAGUGGUGUAAGGGUAAGGAAAUCCAGUUGGUUAAGCCCAGCUGUUUGUCUUAGGCUGAAGAAGUCUUACAUUUACAAACAAUUCUCAGCCUAAGAGCUCUUGUACUAAAAAAAUGAAUAAUCAUGUCAGUUAAUUCAUCUCACAAUCCCAACCCUGAAAAGUAAGUUUUAAUUAGAAGAUGACAACAUGUUUUAUCAAGGAGUAACCCUGGUGUAACAAAAAAACUUAUUGACUCAAUGCAUCACAAUUGAAUAAAUGAUAGUAAUGCUCGUUUAUGGGUGUCUGUAUGAUACAACUGGCUUGUUAUGAAAGUCUUUAAUUCAAGCUUUUGUGUUCUAACAAACAAACACAGGAAACACAUGAUGUUUUUUUUUUUUUUUUUAAAUCUUAUUGCUUGUAUUUAGAUAGAAAUGUGUUGAUGACCCAUUUAUCUGUUAUUUAGUGUGUUAAGAAAAUUUACCUACAAUGUCUAGAGAGACACAAAAACUGUUCACAAUUAUAUGUUGAGUGCUGCUGAAGGUUAGAAAAUAUUUUUGUGCUAAUAAAAUUGCAUCAGAUAAAAAACUUUUUAUUUAUUUUAAAUGUCACAGUGUUGUACUGUUCUUAUGAUAUUUAUUGUGGAUAAAAGCAUUUGUAAGAAUGAUUGUUACAUGUGUGUAGUCUUUUCAGCCAGGGAGUCUUGACAUAUCUCCCAGGCCACCAUUUUAAUAUACUGACAUAUAAUUUUUUCCAUCUCUUCAGAAUACAUUAUUAGAGUGUUGUGAUAUUUUUCAAACAUGUUUUUUGUAGGAAGGUUUUAUGUGACUAUUUUCUACAAAGUUAAGGUUAGGUUAUGAUAGAUGUAAUCAGCAGUUCAUUUUUACAUGAUCUUCUGUCAGGAUCCAAGACAAGCUCUAUCGUUGUAUGGUUCAUCAAACUUAAGUAUCAAAAUCUGUAAAAAAGAUUUUUCUCUUGAUAAGACUUAUCUGUUCUUUUCAUUCUCUGAUGGCCUGGGUUUGUUGAUGUUUGAGAAUUGUAGCAGGCGUAAUGCCACUACAAUUUUGAAGACAUUUUGAUUCGUUUAUAGGGUAGAACUUUUUGGCCAUUUUUCAGAGGAGUAAGAUUUGUAAUUGUCAUGGUUAUUACAUGUAUGUGGGUCCGGGACACAAUUUUCACAUUGUCUUAUUGGAAACUGAAUGUAUCCUUUAUACAUUAUAGAAAAUAUAGCUUGACAUUUAUUUGUUGCAGUUACAUCAAUUAAAGUUAUGAAACCCUA